AUGAGCCCACCAAACACACCAUCACCAACAGUUUCUCGAACAGUCAGAAUGGGGCAAGGAGCGGGACCUCAACCAAACUUAGCAGGAACUAGUAUCCAGGGAAUAGGAAGAACUGCCACACCACCACCAAGACAACCGCCUAAUUGGCAAACAACAGUCACACAACCACCAGGGGGCCAGCAGGGUAUAGUUGAUCCAUUCAUCACGGUUAUUAGGUCAUCUUCCCCACCAAUUCUACCAAUUACACAACCAAUUGCAAUACCAGUACCCACUACACAACCACAACCACCACCACCACAGCCAAUAGCUCCACAACCAAUGCCGCCACUAGUACCAUUUCCACAGCAACCACCAGUGACUACCCAACAGCAGCAGUUGCCAUUACCAAUACCACCAGUUACAGUGGCAAGCACUCAACCAACACAACCACCACCAGGGCAACCACCAGUGGGAGGAACAUUUGGUCUUCAACACAUCAACACAUUAGUAGCUACCCAAGUAACACAACUAGGACAGAAUGUGAAUGCACUAGCCAUGGAAAUCAGAGAAGGAAAAGUAAUGAGCAACCAGGGGAAUGUUUCCACUGUAAUAAAACAGGACAUUGGGCAAGGAACUGCCCAGAAAGAAACAAACGAGCAAAAUGUUACAAUUGUGGAAAAGAAGGCCACAUAUCAAGUCAAUGGAAGGAAUUACCAGCAAAGAACUAAUAACAAUCAGCAACAGCCAAGAAGAGUCCUAUUGAACCAAGAAUACCAUGAGGAGCAACAAGAACCACAAUAUUAUACUGAAUAUCAACCACCAGUAUACUAUCAAAAUCAACAACCCAUACAAAACUACCAACAACAAUACCUACCACCUCAACCUAUACAACAACAGCCACAAACAGAUACAUUUGGAGCUUUAGCUACAGCUGUGCACCAGCUAACUUCUAAACUCGAAAAUUUAAGAAUUGUACACAGUUGGAAGCAAUAUUUGGAAUGA